AUCCGAAGCAGUGCUGGACCCUCACACACACCCACACUCCUCACUAACCCUUUCAACAUUUUCACCGCAAGGCUUCCCCUUCCACCUCACAUGCUUCCCAUGGGAGGGGGUUCACGUUCUUUUCCUCCAAAUUCCGGGUUUGUCUUGUCAACUAUUCAUUUAUUCAUGUUGGUUUGCCUUCAAUUUUUUCAAAAUUCGGCUUAAUUGAAGCUAAAAUGUGUAUAUGUCCCUCUGGGUGCCCUUAAUCCUUCGUUUAUUCAGCAAAAGGAAAGCUCUUUUCGUAAAAAAAUUCCCACCUUUAUCAUUGUUGGGGUGUUGUUGUUGUUAAUUUUGUGAGGGGUUUAGAGGAGUUGGGGGGAAUUGGGAUUGGGCUGCAAGGGGUUUUGAGAAAGGGGUUGAAGAUGUCGUUUAGGAAUGUAAUCAUGGAAAGUAAGGGAAUUGAGGUGAAGUGUGGGUAUAAUUUGAGAUCCAGGUCACAGUCACACAGUGAUGCUAUUGCCCAGGAUAGUUUGGUAAUGCUUGAUGACCAAAGUUGUUGGGCUGGCAUGCCCUCUGAGCUUUUGAGGGAUGUGCUCAUGAGGAUAGAGGCCUCUGAGGAUUCCUGGCCUGGCCGGAGACAUGUCGUCGCCUGCGCCGGAGUUUGUCGCAGUUGGAGAGAAAUCAUGAAGGAUAUUGUCAAAUCCCCUCAAGUAUCCGGCCAGUUGACAUUCCCAAUCUCCUUGAAGCAGCCUGGUCCAAGGGACUCUCUUCUUCAGUGCUAUAUUAAACGAAAUCGCAGUAAUCAAACAUAUUACCUGUUUUUUGGUUUAAACGAAGCCUCAACUGACGAUGGCAAGUUCCUUCUUUCUGCACGCAAGUGUCGACGUGCAACUUAUACUGAUUUUAACAUCUCUCUAAACUGCAAUGAUGUAUCAAGAGGGAGUGGUACCUAUAUUGGGAAAUUGAGAUCAAACUUUCUGGGCACCAAAUUCAUCGUGUAUGAUGCUCAUCUUCCAGUUAAUGGAGCCAAAUUUACAAAAUCUCGUUCCACCAGACUAAUUAGUCUCAAGCAAGUUUCUCCAAGACCUACCGGCAACUAUCCCAUUGCUCAUGUCUCAUAUGAUAUGAAUGUUAUGGGCGCUAGGGGCCCUAGAAUAAUGCAAUGUGUUAUGGAUGCCAUCCCUGUGUCAGUUGUUGAACCUGGAGGUGCGGCCGCAACAGAGACUCAAUUUCUACAUAGCAGAAUUGGUACUUCUCCAUCCUUCCCUUUCAAAAGAUCAAAACCAACCCGCAACAAUCGCACAUCAGUACCUUUAGCCUCUCAAAAUGAGGGGACACUGGUAUUACGGAACAAGUCUCCAAGGUGGCAUGAACAACUUCAAUGCUGGUGUCUGAACUUCAACGGGCGAGUGACAGUUGCUUCAGUUAAAAAUUUCCAGCUGGUUGCUUCUCCUGAAAAUGGAGUUUCUGAGCAGGCUCAGGAAAAUGUUAUUCUACAGUUUGGAAAAGUCGGAAAGGAUGUAUUCACCAUGGACUAUCGUUAUCCAAUCUCUGCCUUUGAAGCCUUUGCAAUAUGCCUUAGCUGCUUUGACACCAAGAUUGCUUGUGAAUGAUUGCCGGCAUAGACAGGUUGGAAUUGCACAAACAUUACAGCGGGUCAAAUAGUAAAUACCGGCUAUAGAGUUUCUGCUUUUCUAUUUAGUCAAACUAGUUUCAGAAUUCCCCUUAUCCCCUCUCUUUUAUCUAUUGUGUAUAUUGUUGUUUGUGUAUUUAGCCAACGUGGAUUCUUUUGCUGUGUACCUGUUUGUAGACGAUUUUUUCUUUCUUUGUCGCGAAUUUGUAGAUCACCUUUGUUGUGAAUUAAAUUGUGAUUGGUUCGUGACCUUUCCGGUUGUUUUUGUUUCA